AUGUAUGAGAAUAAGGCGAGGCUGAUGUGUACAGCUGAGGGGACUCCUUUUGAUCUUUUUGAAAGGAUUGUGACUAUUUCAGAUGCCCAAAGUAGGGCACCUAGAACCUCAUCAAGGUCAAGGAAAAAUGACGAUUCUGACCUUUGUGUUGAUAAUGAACUCGGGUUUGUAAAAGAUCGCACUAUUAGUAGGUUGACAGAAAUGAACAGCAGUGAGUAUCUGGAGCAACAUGCAGAAAUGAUAGCAGAAAAACAAAAGGAUGAAGACAACAUUAAUAAUAAUAAUAAUAAUAAUAAUGUUGUUCAUGCUCAUGCUCAUGUAGUACAAAGUCGAUAGCAGCAGAAUCAUUCAUUUUCAUCAACAAUUCUUUUUUCUUUUUUUUCAUAAUUUAUGGGGGAAUAAAAUUGAUGGAUGGGAGCAACACUGAAAAGGUGAAAUUGCGAUGCUUUUGGUGUAAUAAUUAAUAUAGUUGGAAUUUGUAAGAUAUGACAUUUCUUUUUGUUGUACUUUUGAA